AGCAUUUAUACUUAUCUCUUCACACUCGCUGGAUUGUCUAGCUUUGAGUGACCGACCACUUACCAAAAAUUGUGCGAAAAAAAUUCAUAAUAUUGGGACAAAAAACUAUGAAUUAUCAACGAGUUUUCGUAAUUGUGGUGCUAUUCCUGAGCACAAAAGAAAGUAAAGCAUCCCCGUGCCCAAGUAAGGAUUGGUUUUAUUUUGCUUCAAGCUGCUACUACCUAUAUAUGAAGGCAAAAACGUGGCAUGAUGCUCAGGAAAUUUGCUCAAUCAUUGGUUCAAACCUCGUUAUCUUGAACUCGGAAAAGGAGAUCGAUUUUCUCAACAGUCGGGGUAUAACAUAUGUCUGGAUAGGUUUACAUAGACUCACAUUUAACAACCCGUGGACGUGGGUGGAUAUGACUGCGCUUAAUAUUAGACGAUGGGAUCUCGACCAGCCUGGCAAUGAUGGAGAAAAUUGCUGCUUAGCUCAUUCGUUUGAUAAAUGGCACGACUACAGCUGCUCACGCGAAUUUAAAUUUCUUUGUGAGAAAAGUGUCUCAUCAUUACCAGUUGACAAGAUUCCAGAUGUUGGCAUUGUGACUGGUGCAACCUAUAGCUACACUAGCGCUACAACAAAUACCACACAAGUAAUACAUGGAACAGAAAACGGAGUGGGAAAUAAAUAUAUAAUCAUUGGCCUGCCAGUUGCAGUUUCAAGUGCUAUUAUUUUAUCGACUAUUAUAAGCUUCAUCUGCUAUUCUCGAAGAGUGACAAAGAGACGAAGGUCACGAAGAGAAUGUGGAACGCAAACCGAUUCCACAAACAAAAGCGAAGAGAAUUAUGACACUGUUAACGAAACAAUACAAAGAAUAUGUAAACAUAUAAAGGAAGAUCAAGACAAUGACCCAACACAUAACUAUGACUUGCCCAUAGACUACAACAGCUCGAUAUAUCAAAAUAUCUAA